CGGUUGAGAUCAGAUUGCGGAGACAGUGGCAGGGCAGUCAGUUUCAUGUUAUCUAUUGCCUUGUGCGAGAUAGCAUCGCCUCCUCUGGGAGCUUCCUUUAUAUAGCGAGAGACAAACAAAACAACCACAGUCAACGGCGAAUACAAUUGUCUUUUUUUCUUCUCUCGCGCCGGUUAAGCUUAACCAUCCCUUGUCUUGUGAAGCCAAGUGCGGAUAAUCAUCGCGAUAAUCAUCGCGGAUAAUCAACUACGGUUUACAGUACAACCACAUUGGCUGUUAAAACGUCAUGACAGCCGAAAAGACAAUUCCCAUUAUAAAUGGAAAACCGGAGGACGCCCUGGAUCCAGAGGCUUCCGCCGUGGUAAGCAGCAAGACGGAGGUGAACGAGAGAGGUCACUGGAAUAACAAGAUCGAGUUUUUCCUCUCUGUCGCCGGAGAGAUCAUUGGACUUGGAAAUGUGUGGAGGUUUCCCUACCUGUGUUAUAAAAAUGGAGGAGGUGCUUUCUUCGUGCCCUAUGUCAUCUUCUUCGUGUGCUGUGGCAUUCCCGUGUUCUUCUUGGAGACGGCGCUGGGCCAGUUCACCAGCGAAGGAGGAAUCACAUGCUGGAGGAAAGUGUGUCCACUGUUUGAGGGUAUUGGAUACGCAACUCAAGUGAUUGAAGCACAUCUAAAUGUGUAUUAUGUGGUCAUAUUGGCGUGGGCAAUCUUCUACCUUUUCAACUGCUUUACAACCGAACUGCCUUGGGCUGCAUGUGGCCAUGAGUGGAACACAGAAAACUGUGUUGAUUUCCAUGGAGCAAAUAGUACCAACUUCACCAACCCCAAUGCUACAUCACCAGUGAUUGAGUUCUGGGAGCGCAGAGUUCUUAACAUAUCGAGUGGGAUUGAGCACAUUGGGAAGUUGCGCUGGGAACUUGCCCUAUGCCUGGCUCUGGCCUGGUUCAUAUGCUACUUCUGCAUAUGGAAAGGCCCCAAAUCAACAGGAAAGGUGGUGUACGUGACCGCCACCUUCCCCUACGCCAUGCUGCUCAUCUUGCUCAUACGAGGGGUGACGCUGCCAGGCGCAUCCGAAGGGAUCAAGUUCUACCUCUACCCCGACAUCUCCCGCCUCUCCGACCCCCAGGUCUGGGUAGAUGCUGGGACCCAGAUCUUCUUCUCCUAUGCCAUCUGUCUGGGCUGUCUGACUGCCCUGGGGAGCUACAACGCCUACAACAACAACUGCUACCGGGACUGUUUGAUGCUGUGCUGUCUGAACAGCGGGACCAGCUUCGUGGCCGGCUUUGCCAUCUUCUCUGUCCUGGGCUUCAUGGCCUAUGAACAGGGGGUGCCCAUUGAGGCGGUGGCAGAAUCGGGCCCAGGCCUGGCCUUCAUAGCCUACCCUAAGGCUGUGACCAUGAUGCCGUUGGCUCCUCUGUGGGCCUGUCUCUUCUUCAUGAUGCUUAUCUUCCUGGGCCUGGACAGCCAGUUUGUGUGCGUGGAGAGCCUGGUGACGGCCGUGGUGGACAUGUACCCCGAAACCUUCAGGAGGGGCUACCGCCGAGAGCUGCUCAUCCUGGGCAUGUCUAUCGCUUCCUUCUUCGUGGGACUCAUCAUGCUCACAGAGGGUGGUAUGUACGUGUUCCAGCUGUUUGACUCCUACGCUGCCAGCGGGAUGUGUUUGCUGUUUGUGGCCAUCUUUGAGUGCAUAUGCAUCGGCUGGGUCUACGGAAGUGACAGGUUCUACAUGAACAUUGAGGAUAUGAUUGGCUACAAGCCUGUGUUCUUCAUUAAGUGGUGCUGGAUGAUUCUGACCCCAGGCAUCUGUGCAGCCACCUUCCUUUUCUUCCUGAUCAAGUACAAGCCCCUGAAGUACAACAACGUGUACACCUACCCAGACUGGGGCUACGGGAUCGGGUGGAUGAUGGCCAUGUCAUCCAUGGUCUGCAUCCCACUGGGCAUCAUCGUCCAGGUCUGGAAGACAGAAGGCACCUUCACUGAGAGGAUGAAGAAGCUGACCACCCCCAGCCCUGACCUGAAGAUGCGAGGCAAGCUAGCAGGAGUCACCAGCCCCUACGCCAUCAACGACGCCAAACUGAAGGCUGAUGGGAAGAUAUCAACCGUCACGGAAAAGGAGACACAUUUUUAAUCAGGCACUGAGCGAGCCGUCACGGUCUACAAACCACCACCACAAAAUGGAAGAUAAAUGACUCCAGUGUUUCUUGUAAAAAAGGAAAAGCUAUCACCUGAUUGUAGUGUUGCUUUGGUUUGCACAAACUAUGAUAACACCUUCAUUUUUAUGUUAACCUUGUGACUAAAACUGUUACUUCUCUGCAUUAAUAUUUAAAACUCUAAACUGAUGAAUGAAGAAGCUGUGUUAUCACGUCGAUAUGUGUUAUGCUAGUGUUUGCUGUACCUUCUAGAACAAUGCCAAUGUGUCAUGUGCCGUAAACAUCGAUUCUGUACUUGGAUUGGCAAUGUGCUGUACUCUACAUUUUAGGUACUAGGUACGCACUGUAUAUCUAUCUAAUCUGUAGCAGUUUGGGGGGUGACCUGGAAUAGGACAGUGUGCUUAGAGAGGACUCUGGAGGAGGCUGGAGGGCAGUGUGUUGUCGCAUGCCUGGUCACAGGCUCAGUGCGCCCACAAAUAGCUUGGACUUGCGGGCCGAGUUUCAAGGCUUCACCCCGUCUCCUCAGAGUCCUCUCGGAAGAUGUGGAUCUUCGUCAUUUCACAGCAAUGACUCCGAGUCUGAUCCGGAGUGACAGACGUGACGGCGUCCUUUUGCUCAUCUGCUUCAGCUGUGAGGGGAGGUGGACAUCCCACCGAGUGUCUCCGAAUCCUCUGUCUCCCUCAUCCUCCUCAGCCUUUAUUUCUGGUCCAUCUCUCCUUCCCCCGUCCUGGUUUAUAGUCAGAAUACACUAGCGUUCUGUCGCUAUCCAAGGGCUCGUGCAGCUGUGACCCGCGUUCCCCCGGAUGCUAGUUCUGAUUAGGCUUGUUUUCUGGCCUGUGGUCCAUGCUGCUCUUCGCAGGGUAGCGGGGGCCAGCGAUGGUCGUCUGUGAGGAGGAUGCCAGGAGCUGGGUGCUUGGAGUCCAGGUGGCUGUGGUCUGAAGUAGGGGCAGAGUGAGCUGGUCUCAUCCUAACUAUCUCCACCCCUAGCGGCUCAUCCAAUCAGCAGGCAUCACGGCCCUGUCUUUGACAGAGUGAAGCCGUCACCGCACACGCGCACGGUCCCCUCCAGCUCUCGAUCUCCUCACUGCCACUCUCCAGUUUGUGCCAGUAAAUCUGUGCAUUUAAAUAGCCUGUUUAACAUUUCGAAAUUGAUGUAUAUUUUUACAUCCUGUUUAGAGAUUUUUUUGGUCUAUUUCUUGAGAUGAAAACAAAAGUGUUAAAAAAGAUUUUUUUUUUAAGAUUCUUGUAGCAUUGAAGAAUUUUGAUAUACCGCUCAUCCAAUCGUGCUAGACGUGAGGAAAGUGUGGAACUAUUAUGAACUGUUUUACACUGAUGUUGGUAUUCACGGAGCACAAGAACUGUCUGCUUACUCAUUUUUAAAUAAAAAAAAUAAAAUAUUGGAAAUUGAA